AUGGCCGUACAGAUUUGCUUGUUCGUUCCCCAAUACUAUAAGAAACGAUGUGACAACUUUAUCGAAAAUUUCGGUGCCCAAAUUGUGGAAGCCAUUAUCAAGGGAACGGCUCCGAAACUGGCCUGUAAUACAAUGGGUCUCUGUACUGGACCAUUUAUGCAAACACUUCAAAUUCCGGCCACUCCGAUUGUUGCACCACGUGGCUUGAAAUAUUGUUCCGUGUGCAAAACCAUUGUCCACGUCAUAUACAACGAGUUAAUGCAAAAUAACACGGAGGAUGAGAUCAAAAAAAUGGCCAAACACGUCUGUUCCAUACUACCGGAAACGUAUGCAUCGGAAUGCAGUAAUCUGAUCGACCAAUAUGUGCCUUUGGUCAUUGAAUUUUUCGAAGCCAAUUUCCAACCGGAAGAGGUGUGCGAGAAAAUUGGCUUCUGCCCAGACGAGGCUGGCAGUCUACAGGCUUUGUGCUUACGCGGACCAUCCUAUUGGUGUUUGAGUCGUGAGACCGCGGCCCGUUGCAAUGCCAGUGCAAUCUGUUCCGCACGACUAUUCAAUCCGUCCUCGGCAAACGAGAUUUGUCACAUUCGCAAUCGUCCGCAGAUUUGUGCUAGCCACGAACUGGCUGCUGCAUGUGGACUAAUCAAUGAAUGUGCCAGUCAACGUCUCACAAGUUUCAUGCAAUCGGUCACGCAUUUGCUCAAUCUGCGACCACAAUUCUGGUCAUCCGCGACGGGCAAAUGGAAUUGUACAAUCUGUACCGACGUCCUCAAUGAUUGGUCGACAAAUCGAAAGUAUUUGGGUACACCGAACUUCAGUGUCCAUAUUUGUAUACGUUAUUCCAACCCGUCAGAUCGGGAACAGUGUGAUCGAGUAUGGAGACAACGCUAUCGAGCGUUCCAUCAGAUGUUGAAUGCAAAUACUAAGCCUGAGACAAUUUGUACGCAACUAAAUUUGUGUCAAGUACCCACAAAUGGACGGGCUUCACCGUGCCUCGAAGAUCCAUUCUACGCGAUCUCAUCGCAACGCGCUGCCGAACAAUGCGGGACACUAGACUUGUGGAAUCAAUUGCAACACAUGGAAUCCAGUCUGUCCAGAUCACAGGCUGAUAGCACCGUGACACCACCGGUCGUGAGUUCACAGACCGACAGGGACGACUCAAAUGUUCAACCCGAGAUCGUUCUAAUUCCGGACACACCUGCCUGCCGUAAUGGUCCAGACACUUUCUGUCAAACCAUGGAAACGGCACAGAAUUGUGGUCAAACUGGUGUUCGUUAUUGUCAAAAAUAUGUGUGGACUGGUGAUAAACCACCUAGUGUACCCGAAAUCGCUCCGCGUCGGAUUGGUAGUUCACGUUGCUCUUGGGGACCGUCCUAUUGGUGUUCCAGUUACGAAGCAGCCACUUCUUGUGGCUCGGGAGCAGUGAAUUUCUGUCGUCAAAGGCGUUUGAUUUGA